GAGACGGCAGCCGUUAUCUCCAUGUCAGCUAACGCUUUCGACGGCCGUAAAAUACCAGAGGCCAGCUACGCUGUUUCCUUUUUCUGAUCUUCUCCCUUCUGCGUCUCCCUCCUUGAGCUGGUGGCGGCGGCCCCGCGUCGUUUCCCUCGGACCUUGGCGGCCUCCUCUUGAUUCGUAGAGCGAAACCGACUGCUCUCGCUCCGUCCGCAUUUCUUGGUAGUUGAGGGAUGGACGGGUUCAAGGAAUCAGGGCUUCGUGAGGUCGGAUCCUACGCUUCUAAUGCGGAGGCGGAUGACCUUGAUCUGUCGCGGCUCCCUGACAAGCCUAAGCUCAGCAUCGAGCGGCAAAGGUCGUUCGACGAGAGAUCAAUGAGCGAGCUCUCGAUCAAUGUAAGAAACCUUGAGAACUAUGACAGUUUGUACUCCCCUGUAGGGUUUAGGUCCGGGUUUGACACUCCUGCUUCAUCGGCUCGCCAAUCCUUUGAGCCGCAUCCGAUGAUUGGCGAGGCAUGGGAGGCGCUACGGAAGUCAUUGGUGUAUUACAGAGGGCACCCUGUAGGCACUAUUGCGGCUAAUGAUCAUGGCUCAGAGGAGCUCCUAAACUAUGAUCAGGUCUUUGUUCGUGAUUUUGUACCAAGUGCACUUGCUUUUCUAAUGAACGGAGAACCGGAGAUAGUCAAAAACUUCCUUUUGAAAACUCUCCGCCUUCAAGGUUGGGAAAAGAAGAUUGAUCGCUUCAAGCUGGGUGAAGGAGUCAUGCCAGCAAGCUUCAAAGUGCUGCAUGAUCCUGCUCGAAAAACAGAUACUUUGAUUGCUGACUUUGGUGAAAGUGCAAUUGGAAGAGUUGCACCGGUUGACUCAGGAUUCUGGUGGAUUAUUCUCCUUCGUGCUUAUACGAAGUCCACUGGGGAUUUAUCUCUUGCAGAAACACCUGAUUGCCAAAAAGGAAUGAGGCUUAUAUUAGCUUUAUGUUUGUCUGAGGGCUUUGACACAUUUCCAACCCUCCUUUGUGCUGAUGGAUGUUCAAUGAUUGAUCGAAGAAUGGGUGUAUAUGGUUAUCCUAUUGAAAUUCAAGCCCUUUUCUUCAUGGCCUUGAGGUGUGCUUUGUCGAUGCUCAAACAUGAUGCCGAAGGGAAAGAAUUCGUGGAACGGAUAGUGACACGACUGCAUGCGUUAAGUUACCAUAUGAGGAGUUAUUUUUGGUUCGAUUUCCAGCAACUAAAUGAUAUAUACCGCUACAAAACAGAGGAGUACUCUCACACAGCAGUCAACAAAUUUAAUGUGAUCCCCGAUUCAAUUCCAGAUUGGGUGUUUGAGUUCAUGCCUACUCGAGGUGGCUAUUUUAUUGGUAAUGUCAGUCCAGCAAGGAUGGAUUUUCGAUGGUUUGCAUUGGGAAAUUUUGUUGCCAUUUUGUCAUCUCUUUCUACACCAGAGCAAUCUAUGGCUAUUAUGGAUCUAAUCGAAGAGCGUUGGGAAGAACUGCUCGGUGAAAUGCCUCUCAAGAUAACCUAUCCUGCGAUUGAGAACCACGAGUGGCGAAUCAUCACUGGCUGUGAUCCUAAGAAUACCAGAUGGAGUUAUCACAAUGGUGGAUCUUGGCCAGUUCUCCUUUGGCUGCUUACUGCAGCCUGUAUCAAAACUGGUCGACCACAAAUUGCUCGACGUGCAAUAGAGCUCGCGGAGAGCCGGCUAUUAAAAGAUGGCUGGCCGGAGUACUACGAUGGCAAAUUAGGGAGGUAUGUAGGAAAACAGGCUAGGAAGUUCCAGACAUGGUCCAUUGGGGGUUACUUGGUUGCGAAGAUGAUGCUCGAAGAUCCAUCCCAUCUUGGAAUGGUUUCUCUCGAAGAGGACAAGGCAAUGAAGCCUCUGAUAAAGAGAUCGAAUUCAUGGACUUGUUGAGAAGUUUAUGUUUUAAUAGAGACAUUCUUUUUUUAUCGAAUCCCCUACAAUAUCGAUCAUCAAUUCUCAUCCUUCAUGAUUCUUACAAAGAAGGUUUCCUUCUGUAUAAUACAUGCAACUGCAAUACAUUCAUUUGCGAUUCUUACAAA